CACAUACAUACACCUCACCUCGCCCGAUGCUGGCCUUACGCUCGUCCUGACCUGCCUGCGAUCGAUGGCUCCUGUAGCAUCGUCACCGCCCUUGCCCACAAAUGCUUCCGGCCGUACCCAUGGGCGCUCCAGCCCCAAUCCCUCGGGCUCCUCUCAUGCCCACCUUGUCACACUACCGAUACACAAUCCCACCCUUGCGCCCCCUUUGCAAACCGUUUCCUCGUCCAGAUUGGCACUCUAUGGCUUGCCUGGGGUGACGACUUCUACUCAAUCACUCAACGCCAAUGCCUCCGUACCUGCUGUCUCUCCAGGCCCUGCUACGACCUCCCUCGAGCCACUUGCCCCGCACCUCGCCUCUGCGGAAGCUCACUUGGGUAGGAUGACAUUGACGGCGCCCGACAACAUGAUGCGACGACGGGCACAGGAGAAGGAAAAGGAGCGCAGAGCUCGCAAGAUUGUGAAGAAGCAAGAAAGGGCUAGGGAGGCAAUGGUUGCUCUCUCAGGCAGCGCGAGCCAUGGCCAUCGCCCCUUGCCAAUCCUGACAGUCCCAGCCUCAGCGCCAGGCCGAGCUCCACGAUCGCGCCCAGUCACGCCUCAGGAUCAUGGAAGUAGUAGCAGCGGCGGGGAAGCAAGGAGAGCUCGAAACGGAAGGUCACCGAACAGAAGCACCAGAGAGAGGGCAACAUCGGCGCCUCGAGCACCUGAAGCAAUCUCGCAAGAUGUGGCAGCGCAGGUACAGACUUCGGCUCCCUCUGCACGUCAAUCUCGGACGAGAGCACACGAUCGCGACCAGCCUCGGACAACGCAUUCGAGAAGCUCGACUGGUGUCCUUGCGAUUGCCACUGGGGAGUCAUUGGAAGCGAGCUCAUCGGGGGGAGCAGCCUUGGCUCUUGACCCACCCUCUCGUCCGGCAUCUGCAUCAUCAGCCCCUCGUGCCGUCGAGAACACCAAUGUCAAUGUCCCCCGUAUGAAUCCCUCAGGAGGGAGACAACGGUCGGUAACGCCCUCAAUUCGCUCGAAUCCUGCUGCGCCGCCCCCCAUCGAAGCAGAACCUGCGCCACCGCCGUUUCCAGAAGGAAGUACACGGCCGCCAAGCCCCCCGAGAGCCCCGCCCACAGAAGCCGGCGAAUUUUGGACCUCAGAUGACGAGAGGACCUGGGCAGAUUAUCGCAGGAGGGUUCCUGACAGCCCUCCGCCUGCUUUCCUGAGCGAGGCGAGCGAAAGUGACAGCGAGGAACAAGCCGAACAGGCCAUCUCUUCUGCGAGCGCGCCUGCUCAUUCUCCCGCCGACGGGGACCACAGCGACGACAGCUCCGAGGGCAGCGUCGAUGUUACGCUCCGGUCGCCGAUGUCGGAAGACCGCCGGGCGUGGGAAGAUGAUGUACAGAGGGGUCUGUCGUUCGAACAGAGAGUUCAGCGCCUGGAAGCGCGGCGGAGAAGGGCAGACAACUUGGCCGGGACUGCAAUUGAGAUUCACGAAGGUGAUAGAAGAGUCUCGGGCGAUGCUGGAAGUCCAUUGUUGGUCCAAUCGCAGCCUGAACCCUCGCUUGCAACGCCUGUGGAGGCAGCUGCUUCUGUACGCGCAGAGGUUAGCAUUCUUCAGACCCCUGGGGCAACGUCAAGUCUACCCUCAGCAGUUGCACUAGCUCCCUCUCCGACGCCAAGUGCAGCCAUUCCUGCCACGCAAUUACCCUCGCCUAGUGCCAAUAUGAGGCCUACAGAUCCAUCCGCGCUGGUAAUGCCACCGCAAGUCGGCCUCAGUCAAAAUAGAGCCCUGGCGCAAUUAUCACUGCCUCGGCCAGCGGGAGAGCACAGCAAACAACCGAAGAAGCGUCCCAGUGCUGCACGCCCAGGCCCAGGCAGAGAGCCUAGCACGUCAAGUUUGGCUCCUACUGCUGUACGCCCACGUCCUACUUCGGAUAGCUAUUCUAGAUUCCGUGAUGAUGCUUCGGCUGCCGCCGAUCGUAGGAGACUCGCAUGGGGCUUUGCACCCGGAAGGCAAAUGGAGAUAGUGACCGCACCAGCUCGUCGGAGUGAAGCAGAUCUCCCUGCCCUGGAUCCACAUAUCCCGACUGCCGCCAUUGGUAGCAACGUUCCAAGUACAAUGCCCGGAGCGUUCCUCGACGCAGAUGACCACGGCACCGCAGAUGACAGCGAUCCUUCUUCGUCGUCAGAGGCUGAGUGGGCUGCGGAGACUGCUGCUUUCGAGGCGCUCCGUCGAGCAGCCGAGACGACAGCCGCCGUGCAAGACUCUGAAGAGGAUAGCGAUGGUAGCGGUGAAGAAUAUGCUCAUCAUCCUGCACUGUUGCGCAGUCCCAUGACUCGCCUGGAAGACGCACUACCCAAGGCUCCGCCUCCUCUGGCUCUAGGAAGGACACGAGGGGGUGGCGUUGCGUACGAUGCCUCUGAUUCCGAUGACUCUCUGGGCGAAGAUGAUGAGAGCGAGAGCGAAGACAGCGGCAGUGAAGACGACGGACUCGUGCGCGUAGUAAAUCCACGGUGGGCCCUACCCAGCCAAGAGCCUGCACAAGCAGAUCGCGCUCUCUACACCAGUGCUAGCGCUGCUGACAGAGCUGCUCCAGAGCAUCAUGUCGACCGCGUUAAAGGCGAGCAGGAUGCCACUGCCGUUCGUUCUCCCACAAGCCGUGCGCAAAAGGCAGCUCAGAAACAACGAAGAGGGCCCCGCAAAGCAGCCGCAGCUGCGUCCAGAGCUAGCUCGUCUGCUCCUGAUCUGGUCUUGCCCGCUCAGUCCUCUCUUGCCGACGCUGCAGGUCCAGCAGAGCUGGGCUCAGCUUACCGCAGGGGCGGGGAGGACGACUCUGCUCCGGUCCGAACAGUCUCACGUCCGUCCCUCGACUCGGCACACACCUUCGUGGACCGUCGCCCGUCAACAACCUCGCUCAAGACCACCUCAGGAUCUUCAAUAUGGCACGGACGUUUACCUGGCGCUCCGAUACCCCCGUCGCGCCAGGCAGAGACGACGGAUCGACUGAAAGAUCUCUUUGGCGUCCCCUUGUCGCCAUCGUCGCCAACUCUUCCGGAUCGAGCCUACCUUGACACUGUCAAGCAAACUGAAUUGCCACCUCGACUUCUGCCGAGUCAGAGUUCUUCUGCGGAUCGACAUGCGACCCCUUCAAAUUCGGUGGCACAAACAGAUGAGCAACAACUCCGCCGAGAUACCUUGUUAGACAUUGCUCGAUUGCAAGGUGUCGCUCCACAAGGUAGCUCUUUGGCAGCUCUAGAACGGUUACUGGCGAACUCGCUGCGCAGCGAGCCAGUCGAUGCAUCGAAUGCAGUCCCAAUUCCAGGAGCCAGACUGUCGAGACAGGGUGCCAUUACUAGCUCCAGACGAAGCUCCAGGCCUCCACCCCCAGUACCGCCACGCACGAAUGUGCCUCUCAUCACCGCUGCUAGUAUUGCUCGGAGCGGAUCCUUCAUUAAUCCGCGGUCUUCCUUUGCUCCACUGCCUCGUCAGACUCGACUACCGACCAUUACUGAUGCUACUCGUCAUUUCCCUCGCACCACUGGCGACGGAGGCAGCGCGGCCGGGGACGAAGAGAUUGAUGCACAAGCCGGCAGCGAGCGCAGACCGCCAGCACUGCCUCCACGCAUCCCGGUAGCUGGCGGUCGAGUGUCGGCAAUGUUGGAAAGAUUCGAAGGCCCGCAGAGGACGGGUGCCGCUGCACAGAGCUCUCCCGGUCCCCAUCGCGAGGUUGCCAUGGAUGGCGUGGAAGCCCCAUCCGGCUCGUCAGCCCGUACAUCAACGCGACCUUUUUCGCCUCCUCUGAUUGACCUCUCGAUACCAGACUCUGGACCUCCCUCGACACCUCAAAGACGUAGGCCACCGCCACCGCCACCGACUCUCGCUGAAGCCGCUGGUUCAGCUUCACAUCAGUCUUCUCCGGCACCUCCACUUCCUCCUCGCAUCGCGGAAACCCUCGUCAGCAAUCCCGAGGCACCUGCUCUGCCACGAUCUACUUCGUAUCCACACUUGUUUCACACGGACUCUCCGCAAGAUCGUGCCCGAAGAAGCGCGCUGGAUGCUUUGAUUAGAAAUGAGGUUGCGGAGGAGAGGCCAGUCACAGCCCCUACAACACCAGGCGCCUCUGGCUCCUCCAGAUUGGCCCAACGGCCUCCACCCAGUCUGCCUGGCGAUAGUCCUUCGCGUCCCUUGCAUAGCGGCGAAAGGCGGCCGCUUCCCGUGACUCCAGGCCCGCCAGGUUCUGCAGUCGUACAGGUACUGCCUGUGAGCAGUACACGACGGGACUCGGACACCCCAUCGAGUGCGCAGCCGCCUGCUUCUGCCGCUGUUGGACCGUCUGUCGCUCCAGCAAACGGUGUCACCUCCGAAACCGGCCAGCGAUAUAUUACGGAUCUCGACAUCGUUGCUUCACGUCUGGAGGCCGACCCCUCCUCUUCUCACUUUGAUGACAUAGCUCUGCUACAGGACUUCCUUGGACCGGCGCUUCCGUCUUCCCUAUCGCCUGCAGAGCUUUCCUCUAUUCCACUGGGUAUCGUCGAAGUCGAGAAGCGGAGAGUAACGAAAGAGGGAAAGACCAAGACGAAGCUUGCGUGCUUAGGAGUGAGGGUGGAUCGCUGCGGGAUCUGCCUAGGCCAGUUCAAAGAAGGUCAAGGAGCAUAUGUGCUAGGCGGCUGCCUGCACGUCUUCCACGGCCGAGCCGAGGCGGAAGGGGGCCCAGCAUCCGUCGGUCUGCCGUCUCCAGACUGCGCUCGAGAGUGGUUCAGAAGAAGCAGAGUGUGUCCAAUGUGCCGCGUGCCGGCGCUUGAAGAAGACAGGGCGAGGGUAUGACUAGUUUUCUCGAUCAAUGAGACACCUUUGCAAGACUGUGCUUUGUGUGAAUGGCGUGAGCUUGUACCUGUCCAGUGGUGACCGAGGAGUAGUCACGGUGGUGGUCUGGCAGACAGCAUUGAGUCUGAUGGCUCCUUUGCCUGGCUCUCACAGGCCACUCCUCCGUUGUCCAGCGGCCAGCACAUGAGCGGUCAUGCCUGCGCCUUCGCGAAGCCUCAUCCUUCGCUCGUAUAUGUCAUCCGAAGCGGCCUUCAGUGCUGCAAUUUCCUC